AUGGGCAAUUUCGAUAAUGAUUUUGACGUGACCUUGAGGUUAGGAGCCGCAAAUUUCCAGGCCGAUGACUACCUCAUGCUUCUUGUGGUGGUGAGUAAUGCCUCCAGGAAACAUGAACAAGAAAGCAUUUUACUAAUCUUCCGUCACUCAAAGGUACUCUAUACUGCUCUCAUAGUCUGCCUGAAUAUGAUCUCAGACGGCGGAGGAUCUAAUCUAUAUCCGCCGGGGCUAGAGAAGAGCUUCACAGCCAAAGACAUCCAGGACCGCAUCUAUGGCUCCAAAGUCGUCGUGGUUUCGGAGCAGGUGAUGCUGAAUUUGAUAUACACCAUCAAAGCCUGCAUGCUUGUUAUGUAUACGCGCUUAACCCUGGGGCUCCGCGACCAACUCAUUGUUCGAUGUCUCGCGAUAUAUGUAUUCAUCGGAUGGCUCGCAACCGAGAUCGCCUUCUUCACAGCUUGUCAGCCAUUCGAAGGCUACUGGGCAAUACCGCCACCAGAUCCGCAGUGCACUACUUUGCAGAAAUAUGCAAUCGUGCAAGGGUCUUUCAAUAUCACUAGUGAUUUGGUUAUGAUAUGCAUACCUAUGCCACUCAUCCUGCGCAUGGCUCUGCCGUGGCGACAAAAGAUUGUCAUCGCGUUCAUUUUCUCCUUGGGCAUCUUCGUCAUCUUAGCCGCCCUUCUCACCAAAAUCUUCAACCUCACAGACGUAUACGAUGACAACUACAUGCUCUGGUAUGUACGGGAGGCUAGCGUAGCAGUCUACACGAGUAACCUACCGAUGAUAUGGCCACUGCUCCGCGACUGGUUCCCCUGCCUCCGUGACCUGACACCUGGCGCCGAUAGGACGGACGAGAGGCAGCCCGCAAGAGCGGGAUUGACCGGUAAAGCAAGCGGCGGUACGACGCUACGCUCGUCCUCGCUGGAGCCUGCCGCGGGCGUCCACCGAAAGGGACCGGCGUAUGAUGUCGAGAUGGCGAUCCGUGCGAUCGAGUUGGACGAUGAGUCGAAGCGCGAGAUUUAUAGGAGGAGAGAGCUCGAGGAUCAAAUUGGAGUCGGUGGAUGGCACGACAGGUCGUCCAUCGACCAGGCGAUGUGCCUCCAGUCCCCGCCGAGGAGCGUCUCGCGUGCGACCACGGUGGAAAGCGAUUUAAGGUAUCUUCAGAUGGAGCAAGAGGCUCGCGAUAUGAUAAUGAUGGGUGGAAUUCAGGUGAAAACGUCCUUCACGGUGCAAGAAGAGGUCGCGACGCCGCCACAGUCAAGCCACGGAGGACCGUCCCCGGAGCCCUGGGCGCCAGUUAAGCCCGGGUGGUGA